GCUCACAAAAUUGAAAUGGAUCUGUGAAAAGCCAUCAAUCUUGUCCUUUGCCUAACUCCAAAGGAUCAUCACUUCAACAAUCCCUCCUCCUAUUGGCCUUGCCAACUUCCCCAUUUCUUCUUCCCAACAAAACCCCUUAAUAUAUAAACCCUUCUCCAUCUUUCUUCCUUCAGAGUUUUUCUCCCUAUACACAAAUUGAUAGAAUCGGUCAUUUGAUCAGAUCAUGGCUCAUUCAGCUAUCUCUCAGGUGUCAGUUGCUGUUCCUCUCCAAACGGAUUCCUCUUUCCGAAGAUCUACCUUUAAGGCUACAAGCUUAACAUUCAGUGAUAAAUCAUGCAUUUCUAUGCCAUCUAUCGAUCUAAAAGCGACUCGAUCCAGAAGCCAAUACAUUGUUUGCAUGUCAGUGCAACAUGCUAGCAAAGCCAAGGUUUCAGUUUCACCUUUAUCACUUGAAAAUGCAACAGAACCACCCUUGAAUAUCUACAAGCCCAAGGAGCCAUACACAGCGACAAUUGUCUCUGUCGAAAGGAUUGUAGGCCCAAAAGCUCCUGGGGAGACUUGUCAUAUUGUCAUUGAUCAUGAUGGCAACCUUCCUUACUGGGAAGGACAAAGUUAUGGUGUCGUUCCUCCUGGUGAAAACCCGAAGAAACCAGGGAGUCCCCACAAUGUUCGUCUAUAUUCAAUUGCAUCGACCAGAUAUGGGGACUCUUUUGAUGGGAAAACGGCUAGCUUGUGUGUCAGACGAGCUGUCUACUAUGAUCCUGAGACAGGAAAAGAAGACCCAUCCAAAAAUGGUGUUUGCAGCAACUUCCUAUGCAAUGCGAAGCCUGGUGACAAAGUGAAGAUCACAGGUCCUUCUGGUAAGAUAAUGCUUCUACCUGAAAAUAAUCCUAAUGCCACACACAUCAUGAUUGGAACUGGUACUGGUGUGGCUCCCUUCAGAGGCUACCUUCGUCGUAUGUUCAUGGAGUCAGUUCCAAUGAAGUUUAAUGGCCUUGCUUGGCUUUUCCUUGGGGUGGCAAACACUGACAGCCUUCUGUACGACGAUGAGUUCACCAAGUAUCUCAAUGACUACCCAGGCAAUUUCAGAUAUGACCGUGCUCUUAGCCGAGAACAAAAGAACAAUAAAGGGGGGAAGAUGUAUGUUCAGGAUAAAAUUGAGGAAUACAGUGAUGAGAUCUUCAAACUUCUGGAUGAAGGGGCCCACAUCUAUUUCUGCGGGUUGAAGGGUAUGAUGCCCGGCAUCCAGGAUACCCUGAAGAGGGUUGCUGAAGAGAGAGGUGAGAGUUGGGAGCAGAAGCUUUCACAACUCAAAAAGAACAAGCAAUGGCAUGUUGAAGUCUACUAAAUAGGAAAUUUUUAAUUGUUGCAUUUGUUUGUGAUUGUUGAUUGUUGUCAACUGAACUUAGCAAGCAGUUAGAUGACACAUUGUAUUGCUAGUUGACAUACAAAUUGUUCAUGUUGCAUGGGAAAUGAAAUAAUAACUGUUGCUGCUUGAGGUAGUUUACCUUGCA